AUGAAUCAUCUUUCUUUCUCAUCAUCUCUGCCUCAUGCUAUGUUGUGGUUAUUGUUAGUGAUGCUUUGUUUUCCUGUUUCACUAAGCACUUAUCUGAUUUACAAAAACUGCAGUGAAGCAAGGUUCGAAUGUGGGAACAUCUCCAUCGGGUAUCCUUUCUUUGGGGGUCAUCGAAUACCGGAGUGCGGACAUCCUGGUUUGGAGCUUCACUGUCAUCAUUCUAAUACUACCACCUUUGAAAUGGUUGGUGUAAGGUAUCGGGUGAUGGACAUCCAUCCGGACCGUCGAACUCUAAGGAUUGCGAGGGAGGACUUGUUCAAAAAUGGGUUUUGUAGACCACAUUCUCCGAUCAGAGAUUCCGUAAUAGAUUAUGAGCUGUUGGAUCUUGGGCCUGCUCCUCCUCCUGCUCCCGGUUAUACCAAUGCUACUCUGUUUUAUGACUGCCCCCCGUCAUCCUCAUCCAGUCUUGGAUUCUUCCCUUGCAAUUCUUCAAGCUACAACAAUGUUUCGGUAACGACGGGUAAUAUCCGCUUAGAUGGAUGUUUGGCAAGUCUCACUUUUCCCAUUUUUCAAGCCUACUGGACAGGGUUUAGCGGUAAUCCCUCCUUGCCAUUGGUUUUGGGAGUAGCCAUGAAAACAGGGUUCCAGGUGAAAUGGAAGGAGGAUACCUCAGCCUGCCUCAAGUGCAAUGCUUCCGGCGGAGCCUGCGGUUUUAACAUCUCCGACGGUCAAACAUUCUGCUACUGCCCACACCUAAGUCAGAAUUUACUGGAAUAUCGAUACCCCAACGAAUGCCGUCGCCAAGGUAUUUACUCUUCAUUUUUUUUUUACAACAAAACAAUAUUCACUAUUAUGAUUUAUUACUCCAUUAUUUUCCAUUCCACUGAACUUUAA